AUGUAUUCACAAGAAAAGAGCGGAUUUGGUAUAGUUAGUGACUAUAAAGGUACAUCAAGAGAAGAUUCAGAUAUUCCUAUCUUAUGCGAGACUUGUCUUGGAGAAAAUCCUUAUCUAAGGAUACAAAGAGAUCGUAAUGGUAAACAAUGUCAUAUCUGUACUAGGGCAUACACUGGAUUCAGAUGGAAGCCAGGCCCUCGUGCUCGUUAUAAGUGUACAGUAGUUUGUCAACAAUGUGCUCGAUUAAAGAAUGUUUGUCAGACUUGUCUAUUUGAUCUUGAAUAUGGAUUACCUGUACAAGUACGUGAUAAGAUAAUGGGAGAGUGCAAAAGAGGACAAGAAUGUCCUUAUUUACAUCAAGAAUUAUAUAAUGAUCCUGCUCUUGCUGAUCAAAAUAUAAGGGAUAGGUAUAUAGGACAAGAUGAUCCAGUAGCAGCAAAGAUAUUACGUAUAGCAGCAAAUAAGAUAGAGGAGGAGACAGGAGAAGGAGACAAUAAUAAUAAUAAUAAUAAUAAUAAUAAUAUAACAACAAUAUAUAUAGGAGGAAUAAAGGAGACAGUAAAGGAGACAGAUUUAAUAAAAAAAUUUAAUUCUUAUGGAGAUAUAUUAGCUGCUAGGCCUCAGCAGCAGCAGCAGCAGGAGCAGCAGGAUGGUGGUGCUGAUGGUAGUGGUAGUAGUAGCAGCAGCAGCAGCAGUUCUGCUGCUGCUGCUGCUGCUGCUGCUGUUCCUGAUGGAUUCCUUGCACCUCCUAUGCCAGGGUUACCACCUUUACCAUUACCUGCAGGCAUGGCACCACCUCCUCCUGCUGCUGCUGCUGCUGCUGCUGCUGCUGCUGGUGCUCCUUAUAGAUCUAUGCUACCCUUCGAAGCAGAGCUGUCUAAGAGAUAA